AGACCCAAGCACCUGCUACUUUCAUCUCAUGACCAAAAUCCUUUGAACUAUAGCAGCGCUCAAGCAAACGUGUGAGCUGAACAAACUGCAAAUCUUAUGCGGGAAUCAUGUUCUUUCAUCUGGUGUGUGUGACACUGCUACACCUUUUGGGGUGUGCCUCCAAAUCGCCAGCCAUCAUUUUAUACCCUAAAACUCUGCCUUGUGAUGUCAGCGAGACAGGCAACGGGAGUACAGUGUUGGUGGACUGCACUGCCAGAGGACUCAGAGACAUCCCACGAGACAUUCCAAGAGAGACCACCAAUCUGACACUCACCAUCAACCAUGUUCCAAAGUUAAACUCCUCAUCUUUUGGCAGCUUGGAGAACUUGACUGAGCUUGAUAUGCGGUGCAACUGUCUCCCCAUUAAAAUCGGACCCAAAGACCACAUUUGCACUGAGAGUGUGAUGAUAGAAGACAAUACUUUUGACAGACUAACAAAACUGCGAGCACUCUAUUUAGACGGAAACCAACUCAGCAGCAUCCCCAAAGGACUGCCUCCGGAUCUUCUGCUGUUGAGCUUAGAAGUGAAUCACAUCUAUGACAUUUCUUAUGUAAACCUCUCCACAAUCAAAAAUGUUGAGAAGCUCUAUCUUGGUCAAAAUUGCUACUAUAGAAAUCCAUGCAAUUUUUCCUAUCAAAUUGAGGCUGGUGCCUUUUUACAGCUUAACAAUUUAACACUGUUAUCUCUGAAGUCAAAUAACUUGUCUUUUAUUCCACACCAACUACCAACAAGCCUGACAGAGCUGUAUCUCUACAACAAUAACAUUGAGGAAGUCACAGAGAAUGACUUCCAAAACCUCACUAACUUAGAGAUACUUGACAUAAGUGGAAACUGUCCCCGGUGUUACAAUGCUCCUUUCCCAUGCACACCUUGCCGAAACAACGCCCCUCUUCAAAUCAGCAAGUCAGCUUUUAAAAAGCUGGCGAAAUUGAAGACGCUGCGUCUGCACAGUAACUCUUUGAAAAGUGUCCUACGAGAAUGGUUCAGCAGUACAAGGGAGCUGAGAGUUCUUGAUCUAUCAUCAAACUAUUUAGCAAGAGAUAUAGGAGUUACAGACUUCCCAUAUUUUCUGAGCAAACUGGAAGAACUGGACCUUUCAUUUAACUAUGAGCUACAGCGGUACCCCCAAACUCUAAAGUUGAGCAAACAUUUUUCCAAACUCAAGUCCCUGAAAAUCCUCAGAAUAAAAGGCUACGUCUUUCAGCAACUGAAACAAGACAGCAUUGAUCCUUUAAAAUCUCUCCCAAACUUAGAAGUCAUAGAUCUGGGUACAAACUUCAUUAAAAUCACAAACCUUAGUAUUCUGAUGGACUUGCCAAGUUUUAAAGUGAUCAGUCUCUCUGAAAACAAAAUAUCGGCCCCAUCUGAUGGGCAGAAUGCUGUUGGUUUCUCUGAAGGAGAGGAAGGACCGUUGCUCUGGUCUCCCAUGUUGGACAACUACAAAAUUAAGGAAGUACGAGAGAUACAGUACUUCCGAUAUGAUGAAUACGCACGUAGCUGCAAACACAAAGAUAAAGAACUUGGAAUUCCAACGACAUUUGCCAAAAGGGAAUGCAUAAAUUUUGGCAAAACACUGGAUGUAAGCAGAAAUAACAUUUUCUUUUUGCAUUCGCGGUUUUUAAAUCUUUCUGAGCUCCGUUGCCUUAAUUUGUCCGGCAAUGCAAUGAGCCAAAGUCUAAAUGGUUCUGAAUUUACCUACCUGACGAAUUUAAAAUAUCUGGACUUCUCACUUAAUCGUCUGGACCUGAGCUAUGCCACUGCCUUUCAGGAUCUAGAAAAUCUGGUAGUCCUUGAUAUUAGCAAAAACAACCACUAUUUUGAAUCCGAGGGCAUUACUCGGAUGCUCAACUUCACCAAAAGUCUGAAAAAACUAAAAACGCUGCGGAUGAACCACAACAAGAUCUGGACUUCGACAAACACAGAGAUGGAAAGUGAAUCGUUGGAGAGGCUUGAGUUCAUAGAUAACCGACUGGAUUUGUUGUGGCGAGACGGUGACACUAGAUUUCUCAAAUACUUCAAGAAACUGCUUAAUCUGAGAGAACUUGACAUCUCUCAUAACAAUCUCAAUUUUAUCCCACAUCAAGUGUUCUUGAGCCUGCCAAACAAGCUGUCUGUGCUCUACAUAAAAAACAACAAACUGAAAGCAUUUGCAUGGGAAAAACUGCAACUUCUACAAUCACUGCAAGUCUUAGAUCUCAGUGGGAAUAGCUUAUCGACUGUUCCAAGCAUGCUCUCAAACUGUACCAAAACUCUCAAGAAGCUCAUCUUGAAAGGAAACCAAAUCCAAACCCUCACGCCCAAUUUCCUCAAGAAUGCAUAUAACUUCACAUAUUUGGACAUCAGUUUUAAUCACAUAAAACACAUUGAGAAAUCGAGCUUUCCUGAUGACGUCAUCAAUCAGAUGGAAAAGCUGCUUUUGCACAACAAUGAUUUUGUGUGCUCAUGUAACAUCACUUCUUUUGUCACAUGGCUCAACAGCACCACAGUGCCCAUCCCCAAACUGGCCACGGAUGUGACCUGUGCCACUCCAGAGGCAAAAAGAGGUCAGCCCGUGAUCUCGGUUGACCUGCUGGCCUGCCAACACAAUGACUUGUCAAUCAUUCUCUACAUGCUCAACGCUUCCCUCGUCCUGAGCGUCCUCAUUCUAUUCAUCUCCAGCCAUCUCUUCCUGUGGGACGUCUGGUACAUCUACCAUUUCUGCAUGGCCAAGCUCAAGGGCUACAGGCGUUUAGACUCCCAGAGUUCAUCCUAUGAUGCCUUUGUGAUAUAUGACAAAGCAGACACGGCUGUGUUGGAAUGGGUGACAAAGGAAAUGUGCGUCCACCUGGAGGAACGAGGAGACCGUCGACUGGCUUUGUGUCUGGAGGACCGAGACUGGAUUCCUGGCUGUCCCCUGAUCGACAACCUCUCGCAGAGCAUCCACAAGAGCAAGAGGACGGUGUUUGUUCUCACCAAUAAAUACAUCAAAAGCGGCAACUUCAAGACAGCUUUCUACAUGGCCCAGCAAAGGUUGAUGGACGAGAAAAAUGAUGUUAUCGUCCUGAUCCUCUUGGAGGAAGUACCAUGCAAUUCCAAGUACCUAAGACUGAGGAAAAGGCUGUAUAAACGCUCUGUUCUCAAAUGGCCCACAAACCCUCAAGCUCAGCCGUACUUCUGGUUCAGCCUGAGAAGCGUUUUAGCCACUGAAAGCCACAAGCAAUACAACAACCUCUUCAAGGAGACGCUGUAAAUCAGACCAAUAUGUCCAGUGAAGUUAUGUACAGUAUACUGUAUAUCUAUUAGAUG